UCCCUACUAGCCUUUAGCUGCAAAAAACACCUAGAAGCGACACGAAGAAUUCUUCUUCUUCUACUUCUUCUUCUUCCUCUUUUCUCUUUCUCUUCCCUUCCGCCAUAGCCAAAGCUUCGUCCCCCACCACCAAAACAGCAUCGGAAACAAGUUUGAGAGUCGCAAAAGAUUAGGUUGCGAUAGUGGAAAACUAGGUUUCCCUUAUUGCUCGAAAAUUGCGCCUAUAGGAAUUUUCAUUUCUGCAGGCUUCUUGUUCCACAGGGUGAUCAGCGUAGGGGGAGCAAUAACACCAGUGGUGUGAUGGGAUUUUGUAUUUGUCCCUUGGAGACACCAGCGAGGUUGCUGUGGACUACUAGUUUCUUUCGCCAUAAGCUUAUGAUCUUCUAAUCCAUACCAAAAAAAUAAAUAAAAACACAGGGAUUUUCUGUGUAAAAGAUCUUACUUGUUUCUUAAGUUAUACAACGUAAUUUUUGGUGUCUUUGGCCGACGAAAAAGUCUAGACACAAAUUUUACACACUACGCAUACAUACGUAGGUACAAGUGCGAGAAAGAGAGGAAACAGAGAAGGUAUAAAGAUGGAGUCGGGCCGUCUUUUCUUCAAUUCCUCCACAUGCCACGGCAACAUGUUGUUCCUGGGGAACUGUGACCCCGUCUUUCGAGGGGCAAGAACGAUGAUUAGCAUGGAGGAAACCUCAAAGAGACGACCCUUUUUCAGCUCGCCGGAGGACAUGUAUGAUGAGGAGUACUACGACGAGCAGUUGCCGGAGAAAAAGCGCCGCCUUACUGCAGAGCAGGUGCAUCUGCUCGAGAAGAGCUUUGAGACAGAGAACAAGCUGGAGCCCGAGCGAAAGACCCAGUUGGCUAAGAAGCUAGGGCUGCAGCCAAGGCAGGUGGCCGUGUGGUUCCAGAACCGCCGUGCUAGGUGGAAGACAAAGCAGCUUGAAAGGGACUAUGAUCUCCUCAAAUCUUCUUAUGAUUCCCUUGUGUCAAAUUAUGACUGUAUUGUCCAGGAGAACGAGAAGCUGAAAUCUGAGGUGGCUUCCUUGACUGAAAAGUUACAAGCCAAAGAUGCAACCACAGAACCGGUAAUAGGUCAAAAGCCUGAACCCCUCCCAGCUGACAUCGUUUCCUCCCUCCAAUUCAGUGUGAAGGUCGAGGACCGCCAGAGUACUGGUAGCGCUGGGAGUGCAGUGGUCGAUGAGGAUGCCCCACAGCUCCUGGACAGCGGUGAUUCAUACUUUCCAAGUGAUGAAUACCCCGGAGGAUGUGUUGGCCCUGUCAACCGGGUCCAAUCGGAGGAGGACGACGGCAGUGAUGAUGGCCGGAGUUACUUCUCCAAUGUGUUCACGGCCACGGAGGAGCAGCAGCAGCAUGAAGAAUCAUUAGGAUGGUGGGUCUGGUCCUAAAGGAUCCCAUUAAUAAUAUCUGUACUAUCUUAAUAGUACAUCAUGCUUUAAGACUACAUAUGAAAGGGAAAAAGGAGGUAAUGGCAGAUGGCAGAAGCCCUAUAUAUGGGGAAAAGUAAAUGAAUAAAAUUUGUUCAAGUAAAUGGCAUGAUGAUAAUAAUUUGUUUAACUUCUUUUUGAGCUUGUAACAUUCCCCCAUUUAAAGCCAUAUAGGCACGAAUAAACAAAAGGGAAAAUUAUUUGCA